CGGGCGGUCACGCUCGACGACAUCGGCGCGCGGCAGUUGCGAUUGGCACGGACGAAGCAGGACGAGGCGUGGAGCACGAAAGGAAAUAGUGAGCGCGAACGAGUGUACGAGAGGGAGCAACAGUGGGAGAGAAAAAGAAAAGAGAGCGAUUCUCUCGAGACGAGAGGGAAAGAACGCGAGGAGCUCACGCCCGCGUAAUCACACCGUUCACACGUGCCGUCUCCCGUCGUCGUCAACCGGCGCGACAACCGUUUUCGAAAGCGCAGAGGGCGAGUCCGUCCGUCCAGUCAGUCCAGUGUGGUAGUGGUGGUAGGUUGCGGCGGUAGUGGUGGUGGUAGUGGUGAUGGUGAUGUACUAGCGGCGGUGGCGGCGUGGUGUGUUGGUGCCGUCGUCGUCGUCGUCGUCGUCUUCGCGCACUCGUCGUUGCUCGCGCAUCGUGGCGACAGCUAGUAGCGGCAGCUGUCGUCGUCGUCGUCGUCGUCGUCGCCGCCGCCGUCGUCGUCGUCGUCGUCGUUAGACUCGGACGAGCUCGACUCCGAGUCGAUCGUGUCGCGUGCAUACGCGAGUACGCGGACGUUGCACGCGCGCGGUGUCCGGGAAACGCAAGGUAACGGGUUAACGGGGUGUGCACGCGCGCGUGUGUGUGUGUGUGUGUGUGUGUGUAUCUCUGGUGUGUGGAUGCGUGCGUGCGCGCGCGCGCGCAAGGGACGAGAGAAAGUACGGUACUUGGGGCGACGCACAAGGAGCAGGCAGGCCCACAGCAGCAGCAGCAGCAGCAGUCGUAACAGCAGCAACGACACAGCUUUGCCGCGUCGUGUGUUGCGCGCUCGCUAAACAAAGAUGGCGGACGUGGACUCGAGGGUAGACCGGUCCGAUCCGGAGCUGCGUAUCUUGUCGGUGGACAGGAACAGCUUCAACGACCCGGCCACCCAGGCGGAAUGGACGCAGAAGAAGCUGGUGUGGGUGCCGCACGAGACACAGGGCUUCGUCGCCGCCGGCAUCAAGGGCGAGCGGGGCGACGAGGUCGAGGUGGAGAUCGCGGAGACCGGCAAGCGUGUACUCGUCGCGAAGGACGACAUACAGAAGAUGAAUCCGCCCAAGUUCGACAAGGUCGAGGACAUGGCGGAGCUUACCUGUCUCAACGAGGCCUCCGUUCUGCAUAACCUCAAGGACCGAUACUACUCCGGACUGAUUUACACAUACUCUGGCCUCUUUUGCGUCGUAGUAAACCCUUAUAAAAGACUGCCGAUAUACACAGAGAAGAUUAUGGAAAGGUACAAAGGUAUCAAGAGACACGAAGUGCCACCACAUGUAUUUGCCAUUACCGAUACGGCUUAUCGUUCCAUGUUGCAAGACCGUGAGGAUCAGUCGAUUUUGUGCACCGGCGAGUCCGGCGCGGGCAAGACCGAAAACACGAAGAAAGUGAUUCAAUAUUUGGCCUACGUGGCCGCGUCGAAACCCAAGUCCAACGCGACUCCGAGCCCGGCAUUAAUCAUAGGAUCUGGGAGUGUCACGGAAAAGUUUGCGGUAAUUAACGUGAGAGAGGGAGAAAGAAAGUGGGAGGAAACGAUAUUAACACUGCAUUUUGAUGCGCUGCAGUUUAACUACUUGCAAAAGGGUGAGCUCGAGCAACAACUUCUUCAAGCAAAUCCAAUCUUGGAAGCAUUCGGUAACGCGAAGACCGUGAAGAAUGAUAACUCAUCCCGUUUUGGUAAAUUUAUAAGAAUAAACUUUGAUGCAUCUGGGUAUAUCGCUGGUGCAAACAUUGAGACAUAUCUUCUAGAAAAGUCGAGAGCCAUUCGGCAAGCGAAAGAUGAAAGAACUUUCCAUAUAUUUUAUCAGCUGUUGGCAGGCACCUCAGUAGAACAAAAGAAGGAAUAUAUACUGGAAGAUCCGAAGCACUAUCCUUUUCUAUCAAAUGGAGCUCUACCGGUUCCUGGUGUAGACGAUGCCACCGAAUUCUUCUCCACGGUCAAGUCAAUGCACAUCAUGGGCAUGACCAACGAGGACUUUUCCUCCAUCUUCCGUAUUGUUUCCGCCGUGAUGUUGUUUGGCUCGAUGCAGUUCCGUCAGGAGCGAAAUUCUGAUCAAGCAACGUUACCGGACAACACAGUGGCGCAAAAGAUUUCGCAUUUAUUGGGCCUAAGUGUGACCGAGAUGACAAAAGCCUUCCUAAAGCCGCGCAUCAAAGUCGGCCGUGAUUUCGUUACGAAGGCGCAGACGAAGGAGCAAGUGGAAUUCGCUGUGGAGGCGAUCUCCAAGGCCUGCUAUGAGAGAAUGUUCCGUUGGCUGGUGAAUAGAAUCAAUAGAUCCCUUGAUAGAACAAAGCGACAGGGUGCCAGCUUUAUCGGUAUAUUGGACAUGGCCGGUUUUGAGAUAUUUGAGCUGAAUUCCUUCGAGCAGCUGUGUAUUAAUUACACUAAUGAGAAGCUGCAACAAUUGUUCAAUCAUACGAUGUUUAUUUUGGAGCAGGAGGAGUAUCAGCGUGAAGGAAUUGAAUGGAAAUUUAUAGACUUCGGGUUGGAUUUGCAGCCAACAAUCGAUCUGAUUGACAAACCGAUGGGCAUUAUGGCGCUUUUAGAUGAGGAAUGUUGGUUCCCUAAGGCCACGGAUAAGACAUUUGUGGAAAAACUGGUUGGCGCUCAUAGUGUUCACCCGAAGUUUAUGAAGACUGAUUUCCGUGGUGUGGCCGACUUCGCAAUCAUCCAUUAUGCUGGAAAGGUGGAUUAUUCUGCCGCUAAGUGGUUGAUGAAAAACAUGGAUCCAUUGAAUGAGAAUGUCGUUAGUCUUUUACAAGCCUCGCAGGAUCCGUUUGUGUGUCAUAUCUGGAAAGAUGCUGAGAUCGUCGGUAUGGCGCAGCAAGCACUCACGGAUACGCAGUUUGGUGCGAGGACGAGGAAGGGCAUGUUCAGGACGGUUUCGCAACUGUACAAGGAACAAUUAUCCAAGCUGAUGGUGACGCUGCGCAAUACGAAUCCGAACUUCGUCAGAUGUAUAAUUCCGAAUCACGAGAAGAGAGCCGGUAAGAUAGAUGCUCCACUUGUGCUAGAUCAGCUACGAUGCAAUGGCGUGUUGGAGGGUAUCCGUAUUUGUCGGCAAGGUUUUCCAAACAGAAUUCCGUUCCAAGAAUUCAGACAACGUUAUGAACUGCUCACUCCGAAUGCUAUUCCCAAAGGAUUUAUGGAUGGAAAGAAGGCUUGCGAAAAGAUGAUUCAAGCGUUGGAGUUGGAUCCAAAUCUUUAUCGUGUUGGACAAUCCAAGAUCUUUUUCCGCGCUGGAGUGUUGGCCCACUUGGAGGAGGAGAGGGACUACAAGAUCACGGAUAUAAUCGUCAAUUUCCAGGCAUUCUGUCGCGGUUUCUUGGCCAGGCGUAAUUAUCAAAAACGUCUGCAGCAGCUUAACGCGAUCCGCAUUAUCCAGAGAAACUGUGCGGCCUACUUAAAGUUGCGUAAUUGGCAAUGGUGGCGAUUGUACACCAAGGUGAAGCCUUUGCUGGAGGUUACCAAGCAGGAGGAAAAGCUCACGCAGAAGGAGGAUGAACUGAAGCAGGUUCGCGACAAGCUGGAGUUACAACUGCACUCGGCUCAGGAGUAUGAGCGCAAAUAUCAGCAGGCUAUGGCAGAAAAGACUAUGCUGGCCGAGCAAUUGCAAGCAGAGGUCGAGCUUUGCGCGGAAGCCGAAGAGAUGAGGGUUAGGCUGGUCGGGAGAAAGCAAGAGCUAGAAGAAAUUUUGCACGAUUUGGAAGCACGUAUUGAGGAGGAAGAAGAGAGAAGCGCCGCGUUGACCGAGGAGAAGAAGAAGUUGAAAUUAAACAUCAGCGAUCUGGAAGAGCAAUUAGAGGAAGAGGAAGCUGCUAGGCAAAAACUACAAUUGGAGAAGGUAGGAUAUGACACCAAGAUCAAGAAAUUAGAGGAAGAUCUCGCUCUUUCGGAUGAUACUAAUCAAAAGCUGCUAAAAGAGAAAAAGAUUCUCGAGGAACGUGCCAAUGAUCUUUCACAGACUUUAGCUGAGGAAGAGGAGAAGGCAAAGCAUUUAUCGAAAUUGAAAGCUAAACAUGAAGCGACAAUCGCUGAUCUCGAGGAGAGACUUCUUAAAGAUCAUCAACAACGACAGGAGGUGGAUAGAUCCAAAAGGAAAGUUGAGACUGAAGUUUCAGAUUUGAAGGAUCAAUUAGCCGAAAGGAAAAUGCAAGUUGAGGAAAUGCAGCUUCAACUUGGUAAACGCGAGGAAGAACUUAAUCAAAUUAUGGCGAAAUUGGACGAAGAAGGUGCCACUAAAGCUCAAGCUCAAAAAGCGCUUAGAGAAUUGGAAUCGCAAUUAGCCGAACUUCAGGAAGAUUUGGAAGCUGAAAAGGCGGCUAGAGGUAAAGCGGAGAAACAGAAGCGCGAUUUGAAUGAGGAACUCGAGGCGUUGAAGAAUGAACUGCUCGAUUCCUUAGACACUACCGCAGCUCAGCAAGAGUUGAGAAGCAAACGAGAACAAGAACUCGCGACAUUGAAGAAAAAUCUUGAAGAGGAAACCUCGCUGCAUGAAGCCACGCUCGCCGAUAUGCGUCAUAAGCAUACGCAAGAACUGACAGUUUUAAAUGAACAAAUGGAUGCAUUGAAGAAAACGAAGGCGGUUCUAGAAAAGGCAAAGGGAUCUUUGGAGGCGGAAAAUGCCGAUUUGGCUACAGAAUUGAGAUCUGUCAGUGCAAGCAGGCAAGAGUCUGAUCGUCGUCGUAAACAAGCAGAGCAACAGUUGGCAGAGAUAAAUGCGAAACUGGCCGAGGUAGAACGAAACAAACAAGAAUUAGUUGAAAAAGUGGCGAAAUUGCAACAAGAAGCAGAAAGUAUGAUGCAACAAUUGGAAUCUGCCGAAUUGAAAGCAUCUGCGGCAUCAAAGGCGUCGGCCACCUACGAAUCCCAGUUUACCGAACUUCAACAGCAAUUGGAGGAAGAAACGCGACAGAAACUGGCUCUCAGUUCGAAAUUACGUGCACUAGAAAGCGAAAAAGAGAGCUUGCACGAUCAAAUUGAAGAGGAAGAAGAAGCAAAACGUGCCUUGGAUAAGCAAGUGUUGAGUUUAAAUGUACAAUUAGCCGAAGCCAAGAAACGUGCCGAUGAUGAAGCAGAGGCCGCUACUGCUCUUGAGGAGGCCAGGAAGCGUUGUAUGAAAGACAUCGAAGGUCUUCAACGGCAAGUUGAGGAGUUACAGACAGCCAACGACAAGCUAGAUAAAUCGAAGAAGAAGAUCCAGGCUGAACUGGAGGACAGUAUCAUCGAGUUGGAGGCGCAGCGAGCGAAGGUACUGGAGUUAGAAAAGAAGCAGAAGAACUUUGAUAAGGUGCUAGCCGAGGAGAAAGCUGUAUCUGAACAGUACGCAGAGCAACGGGAUGCUGCGGAGAGAGAGGCGCGCGAGAAGGAGACAAGAGUAUUAUCAUUAACUCGUGAAUUGGACGAACUUAAUGAGAAAGUUGAGGAACUUGAACGAGGCCGUAGAGGUCUACAAUCGGAACUGGACGAAUUGGUUAAUAAUCAAGGUACCGCUGACAAGAAUGUCCAUGAAUUGGAGAAAGCAAAACGUUCAUUAGAAUCGCAAUUGCAAGAGCAAAAAUCGCAGGUAGAAGAAUUAGAGGACGAGUUACAAUUCACGGAAGAUGCUAAACUACGGUUGGAGGUAAACAUGCAAGCGUUACGAGCUCAGUUCGAGCGUGAUCUACAGACCAAGGAAGAACAAGCGGAAGAAAAACGUCGAGGAUUAGUGAAGCAGCUGCGUGAUUUCGAGGCAGAGCUCGAGGAUGAAAGAAAGCAACGUGCUGCAGCUAUAGCAGCACGUAAAAAAAUGGAGGCUGAUUACAAGGAUAUUGAGCAACAAUUGGAGAUGCAUAAUAAGGUAAAGGAGGACGCGCUCAAACAACUAAAGAAACUUCAAGCUCAAAUCAAGGAUUGCACUAGAGAAACGGAGGAAGCCAGGGCCGCCAGAGAUGAACUAUCAGCUGCCUUUAAGGAGACUGAGAGAAAAGUCAAGAGCUUAGAAGCUGAUCUGUUGCAAUUAACUGAGGACUUUGCUAGCAGCGAGCGCGCCAGAAGAACUGCCGAAAACGAAAGAGAUGAGUUGCAAGAGGAGGUCAAUAAUAACGCCAACAAGGGCACUUUGAUGUUAGAUGAGAAACGUAGGCUGGAGGCGAGAAUUGCCACUUUGGAGGAAGAGUUAGAGGAGGAGCAGUCGAACGCCGAGAUCGUGAUGGAUCGUGCCAGAAAAGGUCAAAUUACGAUCGAGCAAUUAACAACAGAUUUGGCGACUGAGCGAUCCACCACGCAAAAGUUGGAGUCACACAAGCUGCUAUUAGAAAGACAAAACAAAGAACUCAAGGCUAAGUUGACUGAAUUGGAAACCGCGCAACGUGCCAAGACUAAGGCCACAAUACAGCAAUUGGAAUCGAAGAUUAAUAAUCUCGAUGAGCAACUUGAAACCGAAGCCAAGGAGAGAUUCGCUCAGCAGAAGAUCAAUCGCAAGCUGGAGAAGAAAUUGAAGGAGCUAAGCCUACAGUUGGAGGACGAAAGACGAAACUCCGAUCAAUAUAAAGAACAGUCGGAGAAAGUCAAUGCCAGGAUGAAGGCGUUGAAGAGACAAUUGGACGAAGCAGAGGAGGAGAUCAGCAGGCAUAAGACCAUGAAACGGAAAGCGCAGAGAGAAAUGGACGACAUGAUAGAAUCUCACGAGGAGCUCACGCGGGAACUGACGCAUCUAAAGAAUAAAUUAAGGCGCGGUGGUCCUCCGAUAAGUCUGAGCUCCACGAGGCUGAAACGCGGUUCCGUACAAACCGGCGGCUCGGGCGACGAUUCAACAACGCAGGACGAGAGCAUCGACGGGGAAGAGAAUGCUAAUUGAGUAUCGGAGUCAGAUCAAUGUGCUCUCGAACUUCUGUGAAUUAUGUACAUACGUGCGUCGAGAGGGUGUUGGCUUUUUUUUGUUCGAUUCGCCGCGUUACACGGACUAAAUCUAUGUCUGGUGUCGCGAGUAUAAAAGACCAGCUCCAUGCAAUUAAAAUCAAAAGUCGUUUCGACGAUGUCCCACAGCGUUUAAAGCCUUAAGAUUAUUGCGACGAGAUAACGAUCGUCCUGAGAGAGUUCGAUUGACCAUAGGUGCCGACGACCCGAAAA